AUGGUGGGAAUUUUUGGAGUCGGUGGAAUUGGAAAGACCACUUUUGCAAAAGAUAUUUAUAACAGGAUAUCAGAUCAAUUUGUUGGACGUUGUUUCUUGAGUAAUAUUAAAGAAAGAUCAAAAAGACAAAGUCUGAUUGAGCUGCAAAAAAUACUUCUUUCCGAGAUCUUAGGGAAAAAAUUGGAUAUUUAUGAUGCUGAUAGAGGAGUCAAUGUGAUUCGGGAAAGACUUCGCUCUAAAAGGGUUCUACUAGUUCUUGAUGAUGUGGAUGAGUUGGACCAACUAAAAAAAUUAGCUGGAGAUCGCACUUGGUUUGGUUUAGGAACUAGAAUCAUCGUAACAACAAGAGAUCAACAAUUACUAAAAUACUUUGAAGUUGAUGAUUCAAAGUACGAGUUGAAGCUCUGGGAUGACAAUGAAGCUCUUCGGCUUUUUAGCUUGCAUGCUUUCAAGAAAGACGAACCACUUGAUGAGUAUGUGGAACUCUCUAAACAAGUAAUAGAAUAUGCUCAAGGUCUUCCACUAGCUUUAACAGUGCUAGGAUCGGAUCUAAAAGACCAAAGUAAGCAUCAAUGGGAAAGAGCAUUGGAUAAGUAUAAAAGCAUUCCCCAUAGAGAUAUUCAGAGUGUACUUCAAAUAAGUUAUGAUGGUUUAGAAGAUAAGGAGAAGGAAAUGUUCAUUGAUAUUGCCUUUUUUUUUAACGGAGAAUCUUUGGCUGAGAUCAAGAAAAUAUUUGAAAGUUGUGAUUUUUUUCCUGAUUAUGGUAUUGAUAAGCUUAUAAAAAAGUGUCUUAUUACUAUUGAGGGUGAAUAUGUUUGGAUGCAUGACUUGCUACAAGAUAUGGGUCGAGAAAUUGUUCGACUAGAAUCACCCCUUGAACCUGGUGAACGUAGUAGACUUUGGUUUCACAAGGAUAUCCGUGGAGUGUUGGAAGAAAGCAUGGGCACGAACAAAGUUGCAGGCAUGAUAAUUGAAAUGCCCAAAGGCGAGGACGCGAUAAGUUUGAAUUCUGAAGCAUUUUCACAGAUGAAAAGACUUAGAGUGCUUAUUGUUCGUAAUGCUAGUUUUACAAGUGGACCUAAUUAUCUCUCCAACGAGUUAAGAGUACUUGAUUGGUUUGAAUAUCCGCUACAAUCUUUGCCACCCAAUUUCCAUGGAAAAAAACUCAUUAUCUUUCGAAUGAGUGGACAUAGCUUGAUCAAGGAGUUGAGCUUCAUCAAGUACUCCAUCAAGUUUAAGGAUAUGACAAUUAUGCAUUUCCAUGAUUGUGAUUUCUUAACAAAAGUUCCAGAUCUUUCAAGCGUCCCAAAUUUGAGGGAUUUAGAUGUUGAAAGGGAUGUACAGUAG